AUGGAACGCGCGUUGGAUGCGCGGACACACGAUGGGGAGGACGACGGGACGACGACGCGACGACCGACGACGAUCGUUCGUCGCGCCGAGAUCGCGGAUGGACGGGCGGACGCGCGUGGGGUGCGGACGUUUGAGCUCGGGGAGGUGCGCGAGCGCGGGCGAACGGCGCUGGAGGAGAAGGAGGAGGCGUACAGAUUGGCGCGCGAGCGGAUAUUCGGCGCGGAGGAGGACGCGGACGAGGCGGAGGCGGAGUGGCGAGGCGCGUCGGUGGACGAACGCGGUGGAACGAACGCGGGGGUGGAUGAUGUGGGUGUGAACGGUGGGAAAAUGCGUGGUGGUGACGAGGAGGCGAGCGCGUCGGGGCGAUCGCUGAGCGCGGCGCCGUUCGUCCCGAGGUCGGGCAAGGCGGUGAAGAAGGAUCGUCGGGCGGAUUUGCAAGACGAUGAUUUCUGGCGAGGAGGCGUGCGGGCGUCGCGUGAUGGCGCGGGGGUGUUCGUGCCGCCGCAAACGUACCCUGGGGUGCCGAUCGGGCCUCCGGGUUGGGUCCAUCCGAUCCAACCGCGGUACGCCGCGGGGUACCCUGGUCCACCUCUGCAGUUCGCUCCGAUGCCUCCGUACGGGAUGCCGCCGCCGCAUUUCUCCGCGCAGGCGCCACCGCCGCUACCCAGGGGACCACCGCCGCCGAAUGCGCAGUUUCGUCCGCCGUCGAGGUGA